CGAGGCGCGAACUUCCGGCGCUCUCCCCUGCGCGGGGCGGGGCUUCCGGUGAGAGCGCCGCUUCCGAUCAGGGCGAGGCUUCCGGUCAGGGAGGGCCCGGGUGACGGGGUUGGAGAUCCCUCGCUGCACGUGGCUCGCGCUCUGGGCGCAAGGACUUCUGAGCGUUUUGCGAGCGGGCAUCCGCGGAGAAGCCGUUGGAUCGGCGGGUGGAACCGUCUCUGUGCCGUUCCUGCCCCAGCGCAGGGCGAGCGGCCCCCGGUGGCGCUGAGGCUCUACGCGCCUGCGUCAUGGACUACCGGCGGCUGCUGAUGAGUCGGGUGGUCCCGGGGCAGUUUGACGACGCCGACUCCUCCGACAGUGAAAACGUUGACUUGAAGACAACCAAAAAGGAAGAUGAUGUUCUGUUUGAAGACCUUCAAAACAAUGUGAAUGAGCAUUUGAUUGAAGGUGAGAUAAAAGAGGAGGAGGAGGAGGAGGAGGAGGAUUAUGACGCCGACGAUGAUUGGGACUGGGAUGUUGGAGCUGGAAGACUCACCAGGUGUUAUGGAGCAGGGAAUCCGCAGGCAAAUCGACAGACUUCCAACUGCAAUUCAGCCAAAAUGUCUACUCCAGCAGACAAGGUCUUACGGAAAUUUGAGAAUAAAAUUAAUCUAGAUAAACUAAAUGUUACUGAUUCUGUCAUAAACAAAGUCACCGAAAAGUCUAGACAAAAGGAAGCAGAUAUGUAUCGUAUCAAAGAUAAGGCGGACAGAGCAACUGUGGAGCAGGUGCUGGAUCCCAGGACGCGGAUGAUCCUGUUCAAGAUGUUGACGAGAGGCGUCAUAUCAGAGAUCAACGGCUGCAUCAGCACAGGGAAAGAAGCCAAUGUGUACCAUGCUAGCACACCAGAUGGAGAGAGCAGAGCAAUCAAAAUUUAUAAAACUUCCAUCUUGGUGUUCAAAGACCGGGACAAGUAUGUGAGCGGGGAAUUCAGAUUUCGUCAUGGCUACUGUAAAGGCAACCCCAGGAAGAUGGUGAAAACGUGGGCAGAAAAAGAAAUGAGGAACUUAAUCAGGCUAAACACCGCAGAGAUCCCGUGCCCAGAGCCUAUCCUGCUGAGAAGCCAUGUUCUCGUCAUGGGGUUCAUUGGUAAAGAUGACAUGCCAGCGCCACUCUUGAAAAACGUGCAGUUAUCAGAAUCCAAGGCCCGGGAGCUGUACGUGCAGGUCAUUGAGUGCAUGCGGAGGAUGUAUCAGGACGCCCGGCUAGUGCACGCGGACCUCAGUGAAUUUAACAUGCUGUACCAGGGCGGAGGCGUGUACAUCAUCGACGUUUCUCAGUCCGUGGAGCACGACCACCCACAUGCCUUGGAGUUCUUGAGGAAGGACUGCGCCAAUGUCAAUGAUUUCUUCCUGAAGCACGGUGUUGCUGUGAUGACUGUGCGCGAGCUCUUUGAAUUUGUCACAGAUCCAUCAAUUACGCACGAGAACCUGGACGCCUACCUCUCCAAGGCCAUGGAAAUAGCAUCUCAAAGGACCAGGGAAGAAAGGUCCAGCCAAGACCACGUGGAUGAAGAGGUGUUUAAACGAGCUUAUAUCCCCAGAACCUUGAAUGAAGUGAAAAAUUACGAGAGGGAUAUGGACAUAAUGAUGAAACUGAAGGAAGAGGACAUGGCCACGAACGCCCAGCAAGACAACAUUCUAUACCAGACUGUCACGGGAUUAAAGAAAGAUUUGUCAGGAGUUCAGAAGGUCCCUGCACUCCUGGAAAAUCAAGCUCAGGUAAAGACUUGUUCUGAUUCAGAAGAUGCUGGAAGCUCUGAGUGUCCUGACACAGACUCUGAAGAGCAGGGAGACCAUGCCUGCUCCAAGAAGCCCACCGCUGGCCUGGAAGUUGAUAAAAAGGAAAGAAAAAAAAUGGUCAAGGAAGCCCAGAGAGAGAAAAGAAAAAACAAAAUUCCUAAACAUGUUAAAAAAAGAAAGGAGAAGACAGCCAAAAUGAAAAAGGGCAAAUAGAACCAGAACUAUAUUCUGUGCAGUAAUUUUCCACCAGUCACUUUUCCCGCCUGCACGAAGCUGCGUCUGGAGGAUGGGUUAUUGAUUUUAACUGGCCAGUUUUUCCGGCAGUGUCUGUGAAGACUGAUUCAAGUAUUUUCAUGUAAUUAUGUAAAAAUCCCUAAGCUCUUCUGUCUAGAUCCAGUCCCUGGCUCUGUAUGGUACUGACCGAGGAUUUAUUUAAGCUACUAUUUUAACGAAGAACUUUAUACAGUUUUAUUUUUGUAUUUUUUUUUCUGCUGCAGUAUGGUUUUUGAAGCACUGUUAACUAUUUAAAUGUAUUGAGCAUCUGUAGCUUUGAUACAAGUGUUAAGGGCACUUUGGACAAACUGUUUUUGCUUUGUGCAGGCCGAAGCCCCGUCUGAAACCACUCGUGAGGCUGUGGUUUCUGCAAAAGGGUGUUUCACUUAUAAGAGAAUUCAGCUGGCUGUUGAUACAACCAGUCCUUGCAGCUUUGUUCUGUGUGCAUUGAUGAUCGUUUGUAAAGCACUUACAACCUCAUCUUUAAUAUUCUUUUUUGAGCUAGGACCUCCUGGUUUGUAAGCAAUUUCACAACUAUUUGGCCUGUUCAUUCAUUCAUCAAACGCUUGAGUAUUUUAGGUGCUGAGGGUAUAGCAGUAAACAAGACAGGCAAAAGUUGCUACGUUCAGGUAGUUUACAUUUUAAUAGAAAGAAAAGACAUUAAACAGAAUAAGCAAGGAGCAAUGUAAAGGCAGAUGAUAAAUUCUGGAGCAAGAAAUAAUGCAGAGAAGAGAGAUUGCCCGGGGAGGUGGGAGUGUGCAGCCUUAAAACAGGCCACAUUGAGAGGCCGUAUGUGGGUAAAUACUUGAAGGAUGUGUCACGUGCAUAUCAGGAGAGAACAGCCUUCCAGGCAAAGGGAACAGCAAGUGCAAAGGCCCUGAGGCUGAAGUGUGCCUGCAGUGUCCCAGAAACAAGAGCCUAGAGCACCAUGGCCAAGGGAGAAAGCAGCCGAUGAGAUCAGGUUGUGGUAGGUGCUUGGAAGGUUUUGAGCAGAGGAAUGAUAUGAUCUGACUUCUGUUUUGAAAGGACCGUGGUCACACUGACGUCCAUGGAUAAUGGAGUAGGAAGCAGGGAUCAGGGCCCAGUUGGGGUUUUAUUGCGGUAACCCCCGUGAGGGAUGUGGGUGGCUUCGUCUAGGAUGGUAGCAGUAGACAUGGGGAACAGGUGGAACUGGGUGUGCCGAGGACACUGGAGGAGUGUUGAGAAUGCAGGGUGGCUUCAGGCUCUCUGACCCCAGCCACUGGGAGAGGCUGUUGCUGCUGCCUCUUACUGGGUAGAGGGAGGAAUGCGGGUGGGGCAGGUUUGGGGGCAGGAGGUUGAGACAAAAGCUGAUGUUGCAAUAAAGUGCAGAUUGAAAGAAAUGGUCAAUUUAGCUUAAAAAAGACUUCUUUUAACCAUAUACUUUAUAUUAGAAAUGCCAGUUUCAGCACUUGAAUCAGAAGCGAUUUCUAUAAGUAAACGUGGUUUUCUUUAAACUGGAGCUUACACCUGCUUGUUUGAGAAUUGGUGGGUUAUUGAAGGAGGGGUGGUCAGCUGAGGUUUUAAGAUUUUAAGUCAGAUUUAUCAUGUUCAUAAUGUCCUCUCUUCCUGACUUUAAAAAAUUUCAAAAUACGAAAUAUUGUUUCAGUGAAACACACAAUGGCAACCUCUCUAAAAUAGUCUGCAAUUAACACAGCCAGAGAGAAAGCAAACACAGACGGAUGGGUCCAGGACACCUUCGGGGGUUUCAUCUUGCAGACCCUCUGGUUCUUGCAUUUGUCGGGGCUUCCUUUCUGACCAGGUGUGUUUGAAUCACUGGUCAGGCUCAGCGCCGUCGUCGGUGACUCUACUGCAGUUGUAGGUUCGGGAUCAGUUUCACUCAGCAGAAAGGAGUCUGGGCAGGGCCGGAGGGACAUCUCAUUCUCAUGAGGAAGUGGCUCGUGAAACGCCGAGAUUUGGGACUGCAGGGGGAGUGUGAUUUGAGGAGUGCUCUGCUGACAGCUUGGCUGAUGUGGCCAUUUCCCCACUUGGGUUCUGGGCCGUCAUCCCCAUCUGGGUAAGAACCACUGGCAGGAUUCUUGCCAGACUUCUCCGAAACUGUUUCCCUUGUUUCUUUCUCACCAAGAGGCCUGGAGAAGGAGCCUGUUCUUAGUCAGACUUACAGGGCAACUUGCUGGCUUCGACUGCAGUAGAAUUUAGAAUUCUUCGUGUCUCCAGGUUGUUGAUUGUUCAGUUGACUUUUCAUUUGGAGAGGUGAGCUUUGGGUCUCUUGUCCCGAGAUGUCUUUGGGACAUCAUUUUGCUGGUUGUCAGUGUAUCUGAUUUUCUGUCAUAUUUUGUUAAUUUUCCAGUCCCUUCAGAUAAUGCAGGGGUUUCUAAAAGUUGAUUGUGAGAAAUCUGGGUAAUUUCUUUGAAGCAGGAAGUCACGGCGAUUUUGUAUGCUGCUCUGGUUCUUAUUUUUCCUUGGAUGAAGCAGUUUAGGAAACAGAACUUUCUGUUCUGGCCCAGAAGCUGGUCUUAGAGUGAAGAGAAGGAACUGUGCAGCUGCUUGUCUGGGUCUGGUCAAACAUACAUCCAUGUUCAGGGCUGGCAUCAAGUUUUCUUCAGCUUUCUCUGUUAACUGGAUGAAGGUGGACUCGAGAGGUGGCAGAACUCUGUCAUUUGACACCAAGACUUGUUUGAGAAGAUCUCUCCUUUUCAGGAGUUUCUGUUGAAUUUGGUGCAAGCGGCUCACUGUUUCUUGGUUUUGGGUCUGUCCUGUUUUGUGGCCAUGAUUUCAUUAACCUUUCGGCUCAGCAAAUGAAGCAUUGAAAAAGUUCUGCUGGAGGCUGGUAAAAAUUCAGUUUAAGGGCAUCUCAAGUGUCAUGGUCUCUGAAUGAUGACAUUUCUAAAAAUCCUUCUCAUUUUCAAGAGCUUGCGGGUUUUCUGAUUAUUAGUUUUUUCUGCACAUAGUAAGUAAUGAUCACACUUUGCUUUGACUUCUGGGGUUUACUUUUUGAUGGUGAAAGAGUUGCAUGAAUCAGCGGCCGAAGGGAGUUCUAGUCCUCAGAGCACUCUUCCUGCGAAGGUUUCCCGUGCCCACGUAAAACGGGUGAGAUUUUCAACCAUCGGUGACCACAGAGCAAGAGACCCCACGUCCUGUGUCACGAAUGGAGAUAAGGUUGUCACCUCCCGUUCGUUUUGGUUGGCGUCUUUAGCUUCCGCAUCCUUUGGGUUUGUGUCGCCCUGGGUAUAAGGGCUUUUAUAAAUGUUCCGGGGGAGAUUGCAAUGUCGGGUCUCAAAUCCUCGAAGCUAGUUUCUAAAGGAAAAGAUGCCUUUCCUGCUUCUGUGUUCUCCAGAGACCUCAGUCCCUGGUGAGCGUGUCGUGGGAACCUCUGAAUCUGGAGAAUCCAGGCUUGCAGCAUGGAAGUUUUGGCUUUGGUUUUCAGCUUUCCUUCAUUUUCUGUGUCACUCCACAUCCUGCUUUGAUGGCUGGCAGUCCCUGGUUGUGAGGAGGUGGCCCUCAUACUGUUGAGAGCAGCCGCACACCCACACAACCUUUUUCCUCUAAUUUUUUCCCCAGAACGGUAAAGGCGCCACCCAAGUGGGAGCACAGCUGUUUCUCCAUGUCUGAGAGGUUUCCACGUCUCUCGGCAAUGCCUCUUCAUGGCUCUAAGGCCGAGCAGCUUUAUCAUCUUUGGGUGAAAUUUUAGCCUUUGCACAGUUUCUGUAGAGCUGUCAUGAGUCCUAAAUUUGUUAGUGAAAAAGUGAUAGGUCCUUGGGGUCAACGAAUUGUUAGAGUUAGAAUGCUUGAGCAUGCAAGCCAGAGUUCAGAUGGGGUGGGGGUCAGAGGAUGGCAUGACGGGGUGACGGGGCAGGACUUUGGAAGCUGUGCUUGUGCAGAGUUGCCCUUGUUGGUAGCAUAGAAGGUGCAGCCGUGGGCAGGGGUGUUGCAGGGGGCGCGGACGGAAGCCCGGAAGGCUGGCAGGUCCAGGAACUGAGGCCAGGGUUUUGGAAGGACCAUUCGUGUUAGGAUAGGCCCAGUUUUCGAGUGUCGGUGAGAGACAUGCUUCAGUCUUCAGUGGGCUGGGGGAGAGGAAGGGAUGCCUGCAACACGGAGGGCAGUGAGUGGUGUCUGAUGACGGGGGUGCCCUCGGCAGAGCCGGAGUUUAAUGGGGAAAGGGUAAGGAAGGCCUCGGAGUGGAAGUCAAGGAGAUGAGGCUUUGGCUGGUGUCUGACCAGGUGUGGUUCCAGAUGGCACCAGGGGAGUGUCUGAGGAGUGAGGCGGAAGGUGUCUGUUUGACCCCAGGUGCGGGCCUCAUUGUGGGGUCUUGGAAGCUGACCUCAGUAAGCAGGCGAGUGCCUGGAGGACCACGGGGACGAGAGUGGUGCCUGCUGUGGGGCUAGUGUGAAGGACGCUGUGGAGAGCCGGGGAGCUUGGUCGAUGGGGCCUAUCAGGCUUGGUAGCUGAGCUGAAGCCAGUGCUGUCACUACAAGGGGGACAGCCAAACGCUUGGGUGUCCCUGUGUGAUGUAAAAAAAAAAACAGAACCACCUAUAAAGUCUCUUGUCUCCCCCCAAAAACAUUGAACCUCAACCUCUGAAGCCUCUGGACGUAAUCACAGUUCGCAGGAAACCCACAGCUCGUGGGAGUGCGGUAAGUGGUGCUGGCAGGCCAGUCAGCUGCAUUCAGAAUAAAGGAGACAACAGAGGAGGGCGAGGUAUUAGGGAAAGAGGUCCCAGGGCAGAGACGCCAGUGCCGCGGACUUCGCCGGGGCCCUGAUAGGUCAAACCUGUUGUGAAAAGAUGGGCUUUUGGGAGGGUCUCUUUUUAGACAAACAGGGAGAACUAAAAAUGGAAUAGGUAUUGGAUGACACUCAGGACUUGUUGAUCCUGCUGGACAUGGCAGUGGUAUUGUUCCAUUCUGACCUGUUCCCUCAGAGCCGGGGCUGGGUCCUGCUGGGUGAGAUGAAUGGGUGCGAGGGUUUGUGUCAAAAUUCUCCGUCCUUAAGCGGUCCCUAAAGGACAGUGGUAGAGAAGCAAGGACAGCAGGAGGUUAGUAGCUAUUAAAGCUGAGCCCUGGUGUUGGGGGGGUUUACACUGCUCUCACUCUCUAACUGUUUCUGUAAGAAAAGGGCUUUUUUUUUUUUUUUUUUUAAUGAGUCAAAGUGUAUUAAGUACUUAAACAGGGCUUGUCACAUAGUAGUACUGUACUGCACAAGCAUCUGUAUUUUAAUUUUACUUGUUAUUUUUUAAGUCACUUUUUUGGCCCAGGUGUCAAGGUUUAAUCACAGGGGCAGAGCUGCAGUGGCUUCUGGAACUGGCCUUGCUCGACAUCACUUGAAAUGCCUUUCAGUUCUGAAAUUCAGAUUCUAUUAGUGGGCGCAGAACUUGGGUAUUGAACAAAUGCUGGCAGAAUUUUUAGUUCUGCCAGACCCGACCCUCAUGUGACUCUGCGUCACAUUUUGAUAAUUCUCACAAUAAUUCAAACCCUCCACCAGCAAAGAGAUUACAACUCGUUGACGGCUCAGAUGAUGGUUAGCAUUUUUUAGCAAUAAAGGAGUUUUUAAAUUAAGGCACGUACUUUUUUUAGACAUGACGCUAUUGCACACGUAACAGAUGACUGUAUAGUGUGGACAUAACUUUGAUACACACUAGAAACCAGAAAAUUCGCGUGACUUGCUUCAUUGUGAUCCUCGCUUUAUCGUGGUGGUCUGGAACCGAGCGCACAGCAUUUCUGAGGUCUGCCUGUUAUGUAUUUAGUUUUCUUACAUCUAUACUGUGUCUGCCUUCACCUCCCAGUCUCUGACUAGAAUGUAAGCUCCACAGGGGCAGGGAUUUUUUAUCUUUGUUCAGUUUUGUGUCCCAGCACCUAGAAUAGUGUCUUAAAUAUCAUGAAUGCUCAAUAAAUAUUUAAGUGAAUAAUAUGUUGUGUUUCUUAAAGAUAAGGCUAUUAUGUCAAUUGGAUGCACCCCCCGUGAUGGUAAAAAUGUAGACUAGAGGUUGAUGUGGAUUCAUUUGUGCCCUCUGACCCUCUCUUGUGCAGUGACUGACCUGGCUGAGUCUGGAGACUACAGCACCGUCCCCACCGUGGUCUUCUGUCCUCAGACCCUUGGCAUCAGCACAGCUCUCAAGCCAAUGGAACAGAUGGAUUUUAAACUGGAUUGUUGUUUUGACUUGGAUCAUGUGAGACCAUUUGACUGUCAUCCAAAGUGCUUGAGGCAAUAGAUCGAGUGAUGAAUUAUUCGGUCCUGAGUCACCUGAAUAUGUGCGAAUGGGAGACUUUAUAUAAACCAAAGCUUCUAUUCACACAUUGUGCCUUCUCCUCCCAAAUACAGACUGCAACUUUUUAAGAAGAACUGAUUUUGAGAGGUGGUUCCGUUGAUACUCUGUGAGAAUCGUUCCAGACGAAGAUGUAUUUUUGCUGUGUUUCCACCAUCUUGACGUCCUCCUCACAAGAUGGUUCUGAGUUUCAGCGAGGCCUCUGCUUCCUUGAGAAGCUGACAAACUCCCACCGUGAAGCACCAUCAACAGGGCAUAAAAGCCCCCCCACCACGUGACUGUUGGUAGGGGCUUGGUCUUGCCCAACCCGGGUUUUCACUAAAUGAUGCCAGUAUUGGCGGUAGUGUUGGGAGCCUGCCUCCCGCUGCCCCAGCCUGUGGAUGUGGUCAAGGCUUGCUCGAGGGGCCGCGGGACCAGGAGAGCACUUUCCCCUGGGGGGAAGUUUCCUCCUCUGUGGAGUGAGGGGUCUGGACCAGGUGGUCAUCAAAUUUCUUCUCUACUAAUAAUUCUAAUUAUUCUUAAAUGGGGAGCACAGAUGACUCUCACUGAAGGGAGUCGGGGAAAACGCACUUUCAGAGAGAAGGGAAGUGAUCUCAGAUGAAGGCUUGAGAUGGAAGAAUGAAUAAAGAACAAAAAGUACACAUGAGGACAAAUAACAGCCAUCGAUUGUUAAAAAAAAAAUAAAAUUGUGUUUUAUGUGAAUCCUG